AUGCCUCGCAAUAACGAUUCAGUCUCGCUCUAUGUGAGCGGCUUCAGAGACAGCACUCGUCCUAGUGAUCUGGCUUCAAUCUUUGAGCCUCACGGGCGUAUCUUGGAUGUUUAUAUUCCCAAAGACUAUUACACCCGUGCACCUCGAGGUUUUGCUUAUAUCCAGUAUGAGGACGAGGAAGUUGCCCGUCGUGUUUAUGAGUCGAACGAAGAGUUCAUUCUGGAUGGCCGUAAACUUGAUAUUCAAUACGCUCAGGGACGCCGCAAGAGUCCUCACCAAAUGAUGAGACGGGAUGGAAGCCGUCGUCGCUCCCGUUCUCGUGAUCGUUUCUACCGUCCUAGCUCUCGUUGUUACUCACGCUCGCGAUCUCGAUCCAGAGACCGUCGCCGCUACUCGCGAGACUCACGUUCAAGAUCGUCCCGUUAUCGCUCUCCUUCCCCACGUCGUCGUUCGCCUUCACCUAGGCAUAGCUCACCUCACUCGCCUAGACGUCGCUCGUCUUAUUCGCCUAGACGUCGCUCGCCUUAUUCGCCCAAAAGUAACUCGCCUUCCUCACCUAGAAGUCGCCCGUCGUCACCUCGUGAUCGUACUCCUCCCCCUGAUGACAGAAAAGGAGUGGUUACUGAGGACCGCUCGCCACUGAAGAUGACUGAUUAUGUGGACUAUUCUCCCCAUCGAGGAGGUGGCAACAGACCAUACACACCAAGUCCUGAGAGGGCAGGCUAUUAAACUAUUUCUUUUGCAUUUUUUUUUCUUUUCAGCUCAGUAAAAUAUGGUAUGGCAUGAUAUGCCAAAUCUAAUAAAACAAGAUGCUUGGUAUACAAAUUUAUUUGCAUUAAUUGC